AUGGCCGCCAUCCGCGUCCAGUAUGCGCUCGAGCGCACGCUGCCGUCGCUCGAGCUGCUCGCCCAGCUCGGCCUCUUCAGCACCGCCGAGCUGCGCGCCCUCACGCACCGCCGCUCGCGCUGCGAGGCCGCGCUGGUGCGCCGCAACGUCGCGCGCGCCGACUUUGCCGCCUACCUGGCGCUCGAGGCGCAGUUCGACGAGCUGCUGGCGCUGCGUGUUGAGCGUCUUCCUGAGCAGCUGCCGCCCGCCACCAGCGCCAAGCUGCGCGCCGAGUCGGCGCGCCGCAGCAUUGCCAUCUACGAGCGCGGCGUCAUCCGCCUGCGCGGCGACGUCGACUUCUGGCUCGCCUACCUCGCCUGGGCACGCGGGCGCGGCAUGCGUGUCGUGGCUGGCCGCGUCGCUGCCCGGGCGCUGGCGCUCUUCCCCAACGAGCACCGCCUCUGGAUCGGCUGUGCCGACGACGAGCUGCGCAAGAGCGGCAUCGCCAGUGCGCGCGCGCUGCUCCAGCGCGCCAUCCGCCUCAACACCGUGCCGCACGAGCGCAGCGCCAAGCGGCGGAGAGGUGAAGAGGGCAUUGCGGCGCCGCUCGUCGAGCCGCCGACGCUGCGCCUCUCGCCCAAGGAGAUGAACCUCGUUGCCCUGUGGGUCGCGUACGUGCGCAUGGAGCUCGUCUUUCUCGAGCGGCUGCGGCGGCGGAAGGCCGUGCUGGGCCUCGACGGCAAGGACGCGGCGGCCAAGAAGGAGCUCGAAACGGCAGUCACGGAGGAGGAAGUUGACGAGGAGGAGGCGGCAGUGCUGGCCGACGUCGAGGCGCCGACAGAGCCGGCGCCGGCGGCAGAGGCCGAGGUGGAGGCGUCUGAGGCGACGGCGCAGAUCGUCAACGGCGCCAUUCCGCUCUCGCUGCUCUCCUCGUCGCUCGCCUCCACGUCGUCACUGCCACCACGCACGCACUAUCUCUUCCUCCUCGCCUUCGUCGCCCUCAUCCGGCAAUUCCCCUUUCUGCCUUCACCGGCCUCCGAUCCGAAGUCUGCGCUCCUCGCUGCGCUCAACGACGCUCUCCACGCGCGCUUCGAGCACCCGAGCUCCGCGCUGCUCGUUGCCUCCGCGCCUCUGCUCGCCGCCGCAUCGCCGGAUCCGAUCUCCGACGCCGCCGAAGAGCUCUCUGAAGGCACGGCGCUCGCGUCCGCCUCCACUCUGCACGUCUCGCCGCCGGAGCUGCAGACACUGCUCGAGGCCCUUCCGGAAGGCGACGAGAGUGCACAGCCGCUCGCACUGGCGCACGAGCUCAUCGUGCGCGCCUUUUCCGCCUCGGCCGACCCGCACGCCGUGCGCAGCACGCUCGAUGCGCUCCGUCUGCGGCUGCGUAGUGCGCCUUCACCAUCACUCUCUGGCGCCUGCGUGCGCCUCGUCUGCGCACUGCGCGCCGCAGCAGAGGAGCCGCCGAUGCAGGCGUACCUCUCGGGCGUCGCCCGCCGCAUCGUCUCCGACGCCCGGGCUCAGGGGCACGACGCUGCCGUUGCCGCUCCAGCGCUGAAGCUGGCCCUCGAGGCUCUCUCCGCUCAGGACGGCAGCAAGGAGGAGUGGAAGGCGCUGCACAAGGAGGCCAUGCGCGCCUGCACGCGCGACGCCGACGCCGAGACGCGCCUGACGCGCAUCGCCGUGCGCGAAGGGCUGGCGCGCGCACGCAGUGAGGGCAAGGAGGUGCUGGAGAAGGAAUGGAGUGCGGUGCUGGCGCUGCCGGGGCACGAGGCGGAGAUGUGGGAUGCCUGGACCCGCUGGGUCUCCCUCGAGGCGCUGGACGAUGCCAAGUGGGCCCGGAAUCUGCUCGAGGCGUCGAUCACAGCGACAAUCUCGAAGCCGGCGCAGCACGAGAGUGUGCUGCUCUGCUAUCUCCGCCUGGCCCCGCGGCCCCUGCCCAAGCUGCUCGCGCGCAUCUACGCUGCUCGGCCUUCGGGCGCCGUGCUGGCCGCCGCGAUCGACCUCGUCCGCACCUCCGACACCAUCGGCGCCAUCAACGCCGACAAGGUGGCGCAGCUCGAGCAGCUGCACCUCAAGCUCGCGGCCACGUCGCGCGAGGGCGUGCUGGCGCGCCUGCGCUUCGUCAUGCAGGAGAUGGAGCAGCCGCAAGAGGCGCUCAGGCUGCUGCGCAAUGCGCUGCGCGAGAUGAGCGAGGCGGACGCGCGCUGGCUCGAGACGGAGUGGGAGCGCGUGUGCGCAGAGGACGCAGAGGAGAGCGAGAGCGAGGAGAGCGACGAGGAGGAGGACGAAGCAGACAGUGAAGACAUGUAA